AUGGUCGAGAGAACACCUGCUCGGCGGCCUAUAUUAUUAAAUUGCCUGAUAGAAAGGCGGCCACAUUAUUGUUUUACAUUUAAAAGUUUGUCAAAGAGGGAAGUAUUGUAUAUACAGACUGCUGGAAAGGCUAUAGCGGUCUUUCAAGAAACGGAUACACGCAUCGUACAGUAA